AUGGGGUUCGGCCGGCAGCCGGUAGCUGCUGACGCGUACCCGGCAUCGCCGCUCGGCAGAAGCAUAACGCGAGGGUUCGCCGUGGAGCUCUAUUUCGACACGGCUCUGGAGAACCAGAUACUCAGGAUUUGGAACGUGCUGGCAAGGCGACGGCUAGGGAGCUACCUGAUCGAGACAUCUGCCAGGCCGCAUGUCAGUCUCUCCCUGCACACCCCGUCUGAUUUGGAACCCUCUAAGCUUCGCACAGCCAUAGAGAAUUUCGCGCAGCAGCAGCACCCCAUUCCGGUCGCCCUGGCCGCGGUUGGGAGCUUCCCAGCAGCUUCCGUGCCGCAACCCGCCUUCUCUCCCACCGCGGUCAACAACAGCAGCCAUGCUUCGACAGGGAAUAACUCUGUAACGAGUACAGAUGGUGGGAACAGCAGCAGCAGCAGCCCAGGAGGACGUGCAUCCAGUGGUGCUGCUGCUGGUGUUGUCGUUGGUGCUGUUGCCUCUGGUGCUGCUGGUGCUGAUGCUGCUGCUGGUGCUGAUGCUGCUGCUGGUGCCAGUCCUGGUGCUACGGGUGUUUCAAUCCCAAACUCUCAUCUUAGGGGAAACAACGCGGGUGCUUCCAGCACAACCAUCACCAGCAUCAGCAGCAGCAGCAGCCAACCUACCGACCUCACUCGCACAAGCAAUAGAAGCGUUGCUGCUGCUGCCACUGCUGAGGGUUCCAAAGCAGCACCUGUGGCAACCAGCGCGUUGUUUUUCGCGCCAGUGCCUUCGAUUGCUCUGCUCACACUUCACGAGCAACUACAGGAGCUCCUGAAAAGACUAGCCAUUCCUUGCGAUCCCAACUACCUGCCCGGAUCCUGGCUGCCCGUCUGCCCGGUUGCUCAAGAGCUGCCCGAGGAAAAACUUCCCAGCAGUUUCCACACCGUUCGAUCCCAAAAGCUGCCCCUUUUUGGGCACCUUUGUGAGAUUGGCCUUGUGGAGUUUGUCCCAUCUGGUGCUGGCAAGGUGGAUGGUGGCAUGGCUGGGGUUGCUGUGAUUAGUAGUGGUGAUGGGGAGAAAGGGUGGGGAAGAGACAAGGAAUGUGGGGUGGUGCAGGGGCGUGUGAUAGAGCACUACUCCUUUACACUAGGAGGCGACUUCAUGUGA